CAGUAUCGCACGCGGCAAUUCCACCUUUGGCGACAGCUGAUAUCAAAAAGACCCAACCAAUUGAGAAUGGCGUCUACUCGCAGUCGCUCUCUCAGAAGAAGUAAACGACAACAACAGAUCGCCGAGAAGAAUGAMGAGGAGACCGUGUAUUCCAUAUUAGUAGACUUCUGUGGUUACACAUCAUGGGAAGGGUUGUGCCGGCUAGCUGAUUCCAAGUACAGAGCAUUGAGGAUUAUCUGGUUAUUAGCUUUUAUUGGAGCCUUUAGUGCUGGUAUAUAUCAACUUAUUGGUUUAUUUUUUACGUAUAAAAGUCGACCCAUUACAACGCAUAUUUCAUUGGAACACGGCGUGGUGCUGGAGUUUCCGAGYAUAACAAUAUGCAAUUACAAUAUGAUUCGUAAGUCAAAGCUGAAAGAUCUACCACAACCAAUCAGAGAAGAAAUUGAGCGUUAUGCAAAAAAACGAAAUUCAUCAAUAUCAAGUGAUUCUGGUGAACAACACUCUUUGGAGUACAAUUUACUCCAGAAUCCRGAAUCAAGCGACGAAGAGUACAGAAUAUCAGAGCAAGUUGCUGCUCUACUUGCAAAACUAAACGAGUCAGAGCUCAGACCAAUUGGUCAUCAAUUUGAUACAAUGAUCCUUUCAUGCAAGUACCAGGGCGUCCAUUGCACGAACUUAACGAAGAAAUCGUUUUGGAGCUCAUUUUGGCACUAUAAAUACGGUAAUUGCUUUACAUUCAAUCCCAAAGUAAUCAAUGGAGAAGAGCAAAAGGGCUUAACUACAGCAAAAACCGGACCAUCAGAUGGUUUGGUGUUAGAAAUAGAUGUUGAGCAGUAUGAAUAUAUCGACCAAUUGACACAAGAUGCCGGUGCAAUAAUUCACAUAUCACCUCGCGGGAAUAUGCCUUUUCCAUUUGAAGAAGGAAUACAUCUUUCACCUGGAUUUUCAACAUACUUAGGAAUGAGAUUGGUUCAAAUCAAAAAAGUUGACAGAUUUGGUAAUACUUCUUGUGUGUCGAUAGACACGAAGAACACAAUUUAUGCAGAUAAGUACAACACGUCAUACUCUAAAAUGGCUUGUGUCCAGUCUUGUAUAGCGUACAAUCAGAGGAAAUAUUGUGGAUGCAUGGAAUAUAAGUAUCAACCAAUCGACAAAACAGUAUGUGACAUGUUCAACUCUACAACUGUUAUGUGUCUGCGAAAGCUCUUGUUAAAAGCUAAAAUGAGUCAAUUAAACUGUUCUGCAGAAUGUCCACCAUCGUGCACGGGAAAAAACUAUAGACUUACGUCAUCAUUUUCUUCAUGGCCAUCUAAAAAUUAUCUGGAAUCUUUCUCAGUAAGAGCAAACAUUAAUAGGACACUCGAUGAUUUAAGAGAUAAUUUACUAAAGGUUCAAAUAUUCUACCAAGAUCUUAACUAUGAGCUGAUUGACGAAGAUAUCUCAUACCGGUUGAUAAACUUUGUAUCCGAUGUUGGUGGUCAGCUUGGUCUGUGGCUGGGAGUCUCCGUGCUCAGUGGAUUAGAAAUAAUCGAGUUGAUACUGCUAUUAAUAAUUCAUUUUUACAAGAAGAAGAAGAAGAAAAAGAAAAAGAAUGGUAAGAAGAAGCCAAAUAAUCAAGAGAUGUACGCUAACAACGUGGACCUAAAAGACUAUCGAAGCUACAGUGGAAUCGAAUUAUAGUGUAUAAGCGACUCAGAGAUAUUCUUUUUAAUAAUAGCUUCAAUAUAUUUUUUAUAAAUCAAGACAAAAAUAAGCAAAACAACAGUUAACUGGUUAAUUAAUGUGCUUAAUUAGGAAAAAUUUAAAUAAUUAAAAUCA